UUUUGUGACAUUUUUGCAAAGCAGCAAUGUCUAAACUGAGUGGAGUGUAUGAAAAAACAGCGUUGAACUGAGCUUAAUUUGUGCAUUUACUGUGGCAGGGUCAAGAACGCCAGUUCCGGGUCGAGGGUGCAAAAAAAAAAAAGGGGGAAAUCGUUAUGGAUUUGCAGCACGUGCCUGGCUAGGUACCCUUAUCCAUUAAGUAACCGUUACUAACUUUUGUUUUCUGUGGAAUUUGUAGUUUUUUCUUAGCCUCACUAAAACCUUUUCGGAAGCAGUUAAACGGAUCAUCUGAUACAUCAGUGUGCACCAGUAGAACAACGCUGGAGCUGGACCAAAACAAGCUAGCUAAAUGUGAAGAGUUUAGGCGGCUGGAAAAAAGUUAGCGGCGUCGCAGCUGUCCGUGGGUUUAGUGGACUGGGGGUGAACCUGGUUUGAGCUUACCACCAUCACCGUGAGUUUGAGAAGACUCGGCGGGAUCGCCAGGAAUAAAAAAAAGAUAUCCCAUUGCAUCUGAUCUCAUCAAGAUUUGUGCGAGCUCCAUCUUCUGUGAACAUCACUAAACAAAAAGACACAAUAACAUCCAGUGUUUACACAGCAGUGUUGAUGAGAGGUGACAAGUCAUGGGUAGUUGGAAUUCAUGAAACUGCCAAAAUGUCUUCAAUCGUAGGACUACCUACACAAGGAUCAGAUGUAACAAUUCUCAUAACCAGGGUCCACUUGCAUCCCCUUUGUGUGCUUGUAGAGUUCUGGGGAAAAUUUUGCCAGGAGAGGACAGUAGAUUAUGAGAGUCUGGCUAAAGACAUUCAGUCUCCGGGAAACACAUUUCAAGAGUUUGAAGGAAGUCCUGGUGACCAGUGCUUGGUUGAGAUAGAUGGUACUUGGCACAGGUCCCGAAUAGUCUCAAGAAAUGGCUCAAAAUACAGUGUGUUCCUCAUUGACAAAGGGAUGACGUCUAGUAACACCACAGGUAAACUGGCAUGGGGUAAGAAGGAGCACUUCCAUCUGCCACCCGAAGUGGAAUUUUGUGUGCUUGCUAAUGUGUUACCACUUUCACCUGAGAACAGAUGGUCUCCAGUGGCUCUCGAAUUUCUUAAAUCUUUCUCUGGGAAGUCUGUAAAGGCACACGUGCAAGAUGUACUGGUUCCCCACAGAACAUUUGUCCUGCAGAUCCCCUGCAUAUCCAAACAAAUGCAUGAGAUGGGAUUUGCCAAGAAGCUGUCUCCAGACAUGUUCCAGGACUUUGUGCUCCUGUCACUUCAGUCCCAAAGUGCACCUAGAGUGUCGCCAGAGCUUCAACCGAUCUCCAUGGGAGCAGGUGAGCGACUGCACAAGCAAGAGCUCUUCAUGUACCCAGAGCUGCCAGCAGGAACUGUGGAGACUGUCGUAGUCACAGAGGUGACAAAUCCACAGCGGAUUUUUUGCCAGUUGAAGGUCUUCUCACAAGAGCUGAAGAAACUCUCAGAGCAAAUCACACAGUGCUUCGAGGGCAGAAUGACCAAUUGCAUUGUAGGUCCAGAAAUGAUUGGUUUUCCGUGUGCUGCAAGAGGAAAUGAUGGCAGAUGGUACCGUUCUGUUUUACAACAGGUAUUCCCAGUCAACAGAGUGGUGGAAGUGUUGAAUGUUGACUAUGGAACAAAACAGUUUGUUAAAGUGGAGAAUGUAAGACCGCUGGCAGCAGAAUUUUUCAGGAUGCCAGUUGUGACUUACAUCUGUUCCCUUCAUGGAAUCAUUGACAAAGGGGUUGGAUGGACAUCCAGCCAGAUUGACCUUCUCAGGAACCUUCUUCUGUGCAAGACAGUGAUUGCCAAAUUUGAGUACCAGAGCAUCUCUGAGGGUGUUCACUAUGUCACACUCUAUGGGGAUGAAAACACUAACAUUAACAAUUUGUUUGGUUCCAAGGAGAGCUGUCUGCUGGAGUGUGAGAAAACACUUGGAAAUUAUGCCAUCCGUAGCCCUACAUACAGCCGCCAGCGUCCAGCCCAGCAAGAAAGAAAUCAAAGAAAGAUGUUAACUCCUGGAGAAACUGGAGAGGAGAAAGAAGGGAGGGAAGAAGGACUAGCAGAGAAGUUGCCAGCAGAAGAACUCUCCCUGAACUCCUCACAUGCUGCAGUUGUUCAGCAUGUAUCCAACCCAUCAGAGUUUUGGAUCCAAACACAGAACUAUGCAAAUGAGUUAGAUGAAUUGAUGGAUAGUAUCUAUCAUUUGUACAAAGAUUCAGAAAAUAAAAAUGUUGUGAAAAAUCCAACUGUUGGGCUCUACUGUGCUGCCAAGGCAGAAGAUGGUGACUUCUACAGAGCAACUGUCUCUGAAGUUCAUGAGACACAAGUCAAGGUGUUCUUUGUUGAUUAUGGAAAUGCUGAAGUAGUUGACAGGAUGAACAUCAGGACCCUACCUGACAAGUUCAAAAAGCUGCCAAGGCUUGCACUGAAAUGCACCUUGGCUGGUGUCGGUGCAAAAGAUGGGAGAUGGAGUCAAAGUGCCUCUGAGUUUUUCAUCAAAGCAGUCAAAGAUAAAGUACUAAAUGUACACGUGACAGCAAAAUAUGAUGAUGGCUAUGUGGUCCAACUAACGGAUCCUAAAACUCAGGGCGAAAGAGAUCUCAGUACACUAAUGUGUAGUUCUAACCUUGCUGAGAGGGCUGACACAUGGAGACAACCCAAAGCCAAAAUGUCCAUACAACCUGCCAUUCUGCCUCCCACACAACAUCCAGAUGCCAGACUCACAGGUGUAUACAGGCACAAUGGAAUUUCUAUUCAGAGCCAAAACACUGUUGGCCCUGCCAGCAUUGUACGAAGAAUUCCUACAUUCAAGGAGCACAUGUUUCCCAUUGGGAGUGUCCUUGACGUGUCUGUGUCCUACAUUGAAAGUCCAAAUGACUUCUGGUGCCAAUUAGUACAAAAUACGGGGCACUUGAAGUUGCUCAUGCAUGACAUACAGGCUCAUUAUGCAGGCAGUGAAUUUCAGCCACUUGUAGAAACGGCUUGUAUUGCUCGCCACCCUGAUAAUGGAAUGUGGUACAGGGCCCUUGUAAUUCUCAAACAUGAAACACCUCAUGUGGACGUUUUGUUUGUUGAUUAUGGCCAGACAGAAAUGGUCUCCCUCUAUGAUCUGAGGAGGAUAUGCCCAGAAUUCCUCACUCUGCACGGUCAAGCUUUUCGAUGCAGUCUGUUGAACCCUGUUGACCCCACGUCUGCCAUAAAUGAGUGGAAUAAUGAAGCAGUAGCAAAAUUCCACAAUUUUGUGGAAACGGCUGUAUCCAACUUUGUGAUUUUAAAGUGCACCAUAUAUGCUGUCAUGUACAGUGAGCAGAAGAUUGUUUUCAACAUUGUAGAUCUAGAAACUCCCUUUGAGAGUGUCUGCACCAGCAUGGUCAACCUUGUCCAAAAUGCACCUCCCAAGAAAACCUCUGGACCGUCUUUCCGUCUGGACUCAUACUACUUCUCAACACACAACGUCAAAACUGGGACAGAGGAGCAGAUUACAGUGACAUGUGUAAACAAUGUCAAUCAGUUCUACUGCCAACUUGAGAGGAACACUGAUGUGAUGAAAGAUCUCAAGGUCAAAGUGAGCAAUCUCUGCCACCAGCUAGAGAAUGUAAAGAUCCCGGCAGUCUUUGGAACUUUGUGCUUUGCAAAGUACACUGAUGGGCACUGGUACAGGGGACAGAUCAAGGCCACAAAGCCAGCAAUCCUGGUUCACUUUGUGGAUUAUGGUGACACUAUUGAGGUGGAUAAAUCUGACUUGCUUCCAGUUCCUAGAGAGGCUAACGAUAUCAUGUCUGUGCCUGUGCAAGCAGUUGUGUGUGGACUCUCUGAUGUCCCAGCCAAUGUUCCCAGUGAGGUGAACAGCUGGUUUGAAACGAGUGCAAUAGAAUUUAAAUUCCGAGCACUAGUAGUGGCUAGAGAACCUGAUGGGAAAGUGUUGGUUGAGCUGUAUCAUGGAAACACUCAGAUUAAUUCAAAGAUCAAGAAGAUGUUUCAGAUUGAGAUGCACACAGAAGAGCAGGUUGUCUACCAGUGUCGGAGAGCAACUGAAGCCACAGCAAAACAUGUGCAAAAGCCUCAAAAAGCUGUCCCAAAAAAACCUGCAGAAAUGGAAGAUCACAACCAAAAUAUCCAGAAAAGUAGUUUCUCUGCUCCAAAACCUGCACGACAAAUGAGAGAUGAGACAAAACCUGCCAACAUGAACAUGCAGUCUGCACAAAAGUCUACAUGCCACAUUUCUCAAAACGGUCAGAAGCUCAAAGCUGCUCCGUUACAGCUGUACAGACCUCCUCACCAAAGAGAGUCAUGUGGAAAGACACCAAGAAAUAUGGGAAAUGGUUCUGAUCCUGCAGGUGCCCAUGUCAAACCAAUAAGAGAAAAUGUCCCCACAGAUACUCAACUGCUCAUGUGCAAGUCACCUGGUGCCGAAUCUCAGGAGGAAAACAAUGUUGAAAAAUUCUUUAAACUUGCAGACCUGCCAUCAAAAUCUAUCACAUCAGGUAUGGAAGCAGAUGUCUAUGCCUCGCACUGCAACAGCCCAUUGAGUUUUUACGUUCAACUUGUAAGAGAUGAGGGUGAAAUAUUCUCCAUUGCUGAAAAGCUCAAUGAUCCCCAAUCAGCCCUGAAAACCAGUGCCAUCAAAGAUGUACAUCCAGGUGACCUUGUUCAAGCAGAGUUUGCAGAUGAUUCCUCAUGGUACCGAGCGGUUGUAAGAGAAAUCCGUGGCAACGCGAUGGCUCUUGUCGAGUUUAUUGAUUUUGGAAAUACAGCAAUGACACCAAUUUCCAAGAUAGGCAGACUCCAUGAGUCUUUCUUGCAACUACCCAUGUACAGCACACACUGCAUGCUGAGUGAUGCUGCAACUCUCGGAAAAGAGGAAAUGUUUGAUCCAGAAGUGUUGUCAGCUUUCAAAGAAGACAUUGGUGGUGACGCAGAAAAGAAGUUCAAGUGCCAGUUUAUCAGGCAGUCAGGAUCUGUGUGGGAAGUAAGCAUGGAAGACAGUGGUGUGAAUAUCAGAUGCAAAUCAUCUACAAGAUGUUCAACUUAUGGUUCUCAAAUCCCAGAGAAAGUUGAACAAGUUAAGGAAAAACCUGCCCAUAACUCAGAGAAACCACCACAGAAUUCCCGAUCUCUACCUUCUUACUGUCAACAAGUGUUUUCAGAGGAACAGCAGUUGCAGAUCUACAUCACAACUAUAAAUGAUGCUCAUUCCUUUUGGUGUCAGUCUGCUGACUCUGAAGAACUCCACAAGAUAGCAUCAGAUGUCUCCGAAGUUGGGAAUGCAGCUGACCACAAACAUAUUGACCCAGACGCUCUCUCCCUUGGCAGUCCAUGCAUUGCUCUCUUUUCAGACGAUCAGCUUUGGUACCGUGCAGAGGUCAUUGACAAAGAUGGAGACGAACUCUCUGUUCUCUUUGUGGACUAUGGAAACAAGUCCCGAGUUAACAUUACAGAUGUAAGGGAAAUGCCCCCUGACUUGGUGGUAACUCCUCCACAGGCAUUUUUAUGCGAGCUUGAAGGCUUUGAUUCUUCAUGCGGAUCUUGGGACAGUGUCGCAGUAGAUGAGUUGUCCACACUUACAAUAGACAAGUUGUUACAAUUGACUGUCACUAGAGUAACAAGAGAUAAAGAAAACAUCAAAUGCUUUGUGCGGGUGAAAUGUGAUGGCCAGGUGAUAAACGAGGUAAUGAAAACCUGGUGGAAGAGCUCCACAACAGAAAGCAAACCUGAUACUAUUGGACUGACCGCUUCAUAUGAAGCGCCACUGCAAUUUGACUCAACUGUGAAAGAGGCUGCACUACCUGAGGAUCAACUAGAGUAUCCUGAAAGCCAAGAAAUCGAUACUGCUGUUUCUUGCAUUCAUCCUCAGACGGACCGUGGUGAAGAGCAGUUCACUGACAAGCUCGUUGAAACUCACAGAGCAGAUGAUGUCAAACUAGCAAGUAGACGAAAGAUCAGUGAAACCCCUGAAAAUUCUUCUGCUGAGUCUCCAGAAGACAAAACGGAUCGGAAAUCAACAGAAUGUAAUAUGGCUAUUGAACCUCAAAAAAGUGCUUCCAUUGAAGGAGUCAACAUAUGUUACAUGCUCCCUGAUGUGGGUGAAACUGACAAAGACUCUGAAGAGGAGGGUGCUUCAGUGAUGGACUCUGUUGGGCCAGAUGGCUUGGCUUCUCCAUUGGAUGAGAACCUUAAGGAAAACAUGGAUAAAUCAGAGAUUCCAGUGACAUCUUCAGCUGAAGAGCUGAAAACCUACAACAGGGGAAACAGCUUUGACACCAUGAUUUAUUCUGAUCCAACUAAUGACAAGGAUGACAAUGAGAUUGCCGUUUCCAGGGACAGUUCUCUCAGUGGUGUGACAGUAGUGAAAAUGGCUCCACGUGAAGCUUUUCGUCCCAGGAAGAGCAUUAAUCUGCAAGAAGCUAGUGAUAUAACUUGGAAAGACUUAAAGCAGAUUCAGACUGAAUUGGUGUUGCCUUCCUUUGUGCUUCCUGUGCUUCCUGUGCAGCAGCUAUGCGAUGCUCCCACAGAGCAGGAAAUUGAAGCUGGAGAUGGUGUCUCAGAGGUGCCAUGCGUUGCCACACAUUUGAAGAAUGACUCAAUGACUGAAGAGGAGACCUUGGCUCAUGAUGAGGAUACAUAUUCCGCCCUGCCAGCUGACACUGACACAGCAACCAUUGAGCCGCAGAGCUGCACUGUUCCCUCUCCAGAUAUAGACGAUGAGUUUGAAGAGGUGGCCUGUUUGACUGAUGUCUGCACAGAUCCAGAUGAGCUGAGUGAUGACAGCAAAGUCACCAGUGCAACAGAGGAUUGUCUCAUCAGUAUAGCAGCAGAGGAAAUGGUAAUUUGCAUCACAUUUCCCCAGGAAGAUGUUGGCCCUGACAUCAAAGAAGACCUGCAUAAGACAAAAGUUAAAGGAUCAAAUGAGGUCCAGAAUGAAUCACUUGGAGCUCCCUCAGAGCAUGAAAUGGAAAUUUUAGACAUUUCCCAACAGGAGGAGGUCACACCUCAUGAGAAUAACACAGUGAUUGAAGAUGAGAUGUCGGAUCUUCACGAAGAUAAACUUUCUGCUCUGCUAUCUGACACCAAUGCACAAAGCUCCUGUCCAGAUAUGAGUGACCUGCUCGAGGAGGUGACCUGUCUUGUUGGAGAGACCUGUUUGAUGGACAUCUGCAGAGACCAACAACAACAGGCUGAAACAGAGGACAGUGAGCAGCUGCUGCAUACACCACCCAAACAAAAGGAGGAUUUUGAUGAUACUGUGCUCUCAGAAGAAACGUUGUCUUCUGCUGAUGACAGUUUUGAGGUCCAGCUGUCAAAGGUAACCCACCUCUCUCUGAUCAUCAGUAAUGGUUCUGCUGAUGUUCUGCCUGUGGAGCAGCACCCAGUGGAGUAACUGUCUUCUGGUUUAUCGACUGCAAAUGCUUUAGUUACGUUGAACUGAACAGGUUGAAGUUCAGUUUUUUUCUUUGUUGUGUUUGAACUGCUCAGUGGCAGUGUUGAUUUAUUGAGUUAACCCAGCAGAUGUUCUUUCUUCUUUGACUUAACCAUCUGGUUAAAAGUGCCUUUGUACAGUAAUAGUUGUCGAAACCUGGAGUUUGUUGUCUAUGAGUGUGAUGACCCAGUGUUACUUGGAUCGCUGUUGUGUUCUAGAUGAUCUGUUCUGACAAACUGCCACGAAAUUCUUUAAGUAUUGAAUCUUUUCUUGAAGAUGAGCCUGAUUUGAAAGGUUGACAGUGAAAUGCUACAGUUUUAAAGGAAGCAACACGUUUUCUGUAGUGUGGAUACAUGCAUGUGUUGAAGACAUUUAUGUUGGUAAAAUAAAUAUUACAGAUCUAUGGA